CUGGGCAUUGCUAGCAAGUUUCUUUACUUUGUGUUCUGUUGUAACAGAUAAAUAAAUAAAAUACUGUAGACACUAAUUAAUAAUAACAAUAAUAAUAACAGACUUUGUGUUUAUACAAGUAGACAUAGAAGACUAUCUUUUUUACUACGUCACAUAUCCUACUUUCUCACAAAACAUUCACAACAAACAAUGACGCAAUAUACACAUAAUGUGCACUAUUAAAGGGAACGAUUUGCUUCACAUUUGAUUGAAAAUUGUUAUUUUGGACAACUGUUUAAUAGAAAAAAAAUGUCUUUGAAUAUGAUUCCAGUAGCACCACCCAUUCCAUUGACACUAGAGACCAGCAAUGCUUCAAAUGUUCAAGAAUCUUUACAGACAUCAGAAACUUUCACCAACCUUAGAGAACAAAUAAGUUUAAGAUGUGGCACUCUUUUGGAAGAAACAUCAACCCAAGAUGUUGAAAGCAGAAAAGCAUACCAAUAUUGUUUACAAAUUUUUGGUGUUGAGAAGACUGAAAAGUGUAGAUUGAUAUCAAGUUACUUACCAGUUACUCCUGUCUUACAGAAUGGACCCAGGUGUGGUCUUGUAGCCCUGGCUAUGGCUUCGACGUUGACCAAUAAUCAACCAGUCAUCACAGAAGACAUUUUCAAAGAAGCUCAAACAAGAGGCUACAGUAAACAAGGAGAAAUGUUUAUGGCCAAAGAUCUUCAGGCAUUAGCUGCCUCAUUUCUUAAGUGUCCUGUGCACCACUGCCUUGUGGAUAGCAAAGACUUGUUUAGUAACCUCCUAAAACAUAAUCUUAUAUUGAUUCCCUAUGAUGCUGAUAAAAACUUCAGUCCCUGCAGCAAAAAAGGUCACAAAUCUCAUUGGGCAUUACUUACAGGUUUUUUUGCAAUGUUAGAAGCCAACAAAGUGACUGAUCAGUUAACAUCUGAGUGUGUGAGAGAUGAUGAAAUCCACAACCUUCACUAUUGGCCCCACACAGCAUCCCAAGCUCUCUGUGAAGAGACAGUUCAAUUACUGCAGGAGAACUUGGAAAGUUUGUAUGUGUUUGGCCAUCAGGGGAAAAGCAGAUAUGUUGGACUUUGGUCACUUCCAAGGCUGAUUGAAAGCAACUCCAACUUGACAGAGGCAGGGCAGAUGAGGCCCAGUGGAGAAUAUGUGAUACCUGAUGGUGACAUAGAACAAGGAUUGAGGGGGCAGAUGAUAGUCAUCAACAGAAAUCAAGACACUUGACCUCGCACUGUCUUUAGCUCCAUUUGUUAAUAAGACACCCCAUCUUAAGUCAGAUCGUUAGCGUCAGUUAUUUUUUUACCAGCUACUAUCUCCUGCCAGUUUUCUUGUGCCUUUUUCUUCCAGUGACAUAACAUGUGUUUGUGCCAUCCCUACUCCUUUACUAAACACUACAUCCUGUGAUAAACUUCCCCUGUGAUAUACUGAAUGCAAUUUGAUCAGGAAGUUCUGUAAACAUGAAUUCUGUUGUUGUUGUUUUUUUUUACGUUCCUGUUGCAUACUUUGUGCACAGUUUUAACAGGUUUGUUAUUUAUUAUUUUCAUGUUAACUUUACUGAUGAGAAAAAACUAAUGUUAAGAGUGAUCCUAGAGAGAGUGCAACUAUUGAAUGUAUAUAAACAUUUGAAGGUCUGGCUAUCUAGUUAUAUUCUUGUAAGCUUUCUCAUUUUUAGCAUGCAGAAUGUGUAUUGAAAUAUUUAUUGAUGUACAUUUUAAUUUUUACUUAUGAUGAUAUGUAAUUGUUUUAUUGUAUAUUAUAUUUUAUUAAGAACUAUACCAAAAGGUCAUUUUACAACUGCAUUUUACUGAAAAUAUGCUUGGUCAAUGAAUGUGAAGAUUAUAGAACAUUGGAUCUAAUCACUCAGCUAAAGACAUUUUUCUCUACAAAAACAAAUUACAAUCAAGAAAUAGCUUCAAGUUCACACUGAGAUUCACCUUUCUUGUUUUCUGGUGUCACUAUUAUGACUCUUUACUAUUUUUACCUAUUUAGACGAGUAUUGAACCCUUUGAUAUAAUUAAAAUACUUUGUUGUUUCUCACCCGUUACACAAGUGGAUUUAGGAUCAACUGUAAUCUUAGAUAGGUCACAUCAACACCAAUAACAGUAAACACAGGUGUACCUCUAGGAAUAGUCUGAGGCCCAUGAUUGUUUCUAAUUUACAUAAAAUACCCAUAGAAUUGUGUUCGUUCAGGAACAAAAGUUGGACUACUUCCUUAUGAUAGCCUAAUAUUUAGAACUAUGAAAAUAACUCUGCUUUCUACUGAAAUUUUAGAAACUUAAAAAGAGAAAUGUUGUUUCACCAUGAAAUGACAUCAUUACCUUUUCAAAUUUAGUGCUUUUCAAAUUUAGUGCUGUGUUUUUGUUUUGGGAUGGACGAACUAUAUAGAUUAUUUUUUCUAUACAAAAUGCAAUGUACAAUAUUUGUAAUACAUCAUUUAGAAAUUGUUGAA